ACCGUCUCAGUAGUAACAAGGAGCAAACGACAGCAGCUAGCAUGGCGGAGCGACACAACCGGCCACCAAAGAGAGUUUUUAUCAACAACGUAGACUCCUACGCCUCUAAAUAUAUCGCAAAGGUAAAUAAUUGUUACACUUGUCUAAGGCUUGUAACCUGUUAGUGUGAAAUAUAAAACUGGAUUACAUGCGCCUGACAUAUCUAUCUAUCAAAGCAAACGGUGAAUUAGCUAACGGUUUCUCCUCUGCAGUUCUCAACGGUGUUUGGUUUAUAUAUUUUCGUUCCAAGUUUUUGUCAGAGUGUGUGGUGGGAGCAGAUCCUGAAGGAGAAAAUAAAGAAGAGAAGGGGAGGAAGAUUUCAUACCGCAGCAGACAGAAAUCUUUCUAUGUUGUUGGAACAGUUUCAGACUCACCUGAGGAGGACAGACCACACCUGCGUGAGGAGUAUUCAGUUAGUAUCUAUUGAUAAAUCACGUCACGAAGUCUGCUGUCGCAUUAACAGACAAGGGUGUGUUUCAAAUGAGUGUAUUUUACAUUUAUUACAUAUUUAAAUGCUUCUUUAAAGAGCGCGAACAGAGAGGUCCUCCUCUCCAAACUGAUGGACUGUGAUGUGGUCAUUUUCAACAUUACCCAGCAUGCCGAGCAGGUGGAGGAGGCUUUUUGGGCUGUCAAAGGUAAGACCCAUGAAUGAGCUUCAGACUGGCUGUUGAUAAUCUGUUCAAUUUUUGAAUAAUGAUAUUGAAAUGAUCAAUAUGAAAGCAGCUGUGAAAUGUCAAAGUGAAAAGACAGAUCUGUCUAAUUGAGAGCUUUAACACAAGCCUCUUCUAAGUAAUUCAGACAAACAUUACAAACAUUCACCAAAGAAAAACAGAAAAUAAAUCCACCAACAGAUACAGAAAAAAAAGAUAAGGUCUAAAUCUGGACCAGACUUAACCACCAGGACAUACAAACAGCUGGAAAAUCAUCCAAAAUCAAAUCUACAAUUCAGAAAGUAGUUUUUUUUUUUUUCCAACAUCAGCCAACAUUUAAGCAAAACCUGAAGAUAGUCUAGAUUCGAUGAUUUCAUGAUCAAUGAAUCAGCUGAUGAAUACUGUCUUUUUUUUUUUUGUAGCUCUUCAUGAUAAAAUGAAAAACUUUUCUGGACCAAAGAAGUUCAUCCUGGUCUCCACAGUGAUGACCUGGGCCUGCAGCAAACCUAUCGAUCCAGUAAGAGAGCACUGACUCUGACAAUCUUAACCUGCCUUAACUGACAUAUUGUUGAAUAGAUCAUGAGUCUCACAUGUGUCUUUACAUCCCUGCACUGAUUAAAUGUUAUCGAAGUAAAUGAUCAGAUAAUAGCUAGUUAAAUGUUAUCCCUGUUUACUGAGAUUGUAGAUCAUUAACAUAAGCAUCACUUAUUGAUCCCAGGAUCACAGAAAUAUUAGUCGUAAACAUGACUGAAGAAGUAGGGACAGAGAAAAUGGUGUUUUAUAAGGAGGAUAUUUCCUUUAUUUUUAUAUAUUGUUGCUAAGCAUCUAAAAAGGUUUUGAGCCGAUGCUGCAGUUGAAGAAAAUCAUACAUUUGGAAUUUUUAUUAUGAUAAAAAGGUUUCUGUUCAACUUACAGCUCUAUCUGUAGUGUGUCACCUUUGUGUUUUUGUUGUGUCACUUUUGUGGUUUUGCUGGGUGUCACCUUCAUGUUUUUGUUGUCCAUUACCUUUGUGUUUGUUUGUAUCACCUAUCCUUUUUGUUGUGUCACUUUUGUGUUUUUGUUGUGUUACCUUUGUUUUUUUUUUUUGUUUUUUUUUUUUGUGUGUUGCCUUUACGUUCAUUUUGUGUAACCUUUCUUUUUUUGUUGUGUCAAUUUUGUGUUUUUGUUGUGUCACCUUUUUGUUUGUGUUGCGUGUUGCCUUUGUGCUUGUGUUGUAUCAUCUUUCUAUUUGUUGUGUCACUUUUGUGUUUUUGCUGUGUGUCACCUUUCUGGUUGUGUUUCUGAUGUGUCACCUUUGUCAUUUUGUUGUGUGUCACCUUUGUGUUUUUGUUGGGUCACCUUUGUGUUUUUCUUGUGUGUCACCUUUGUGUUUGAGUUGUGUAUCACCUUUAUGUUUUUUCUGUGUUUCACUUUUGUGUCUGAGUUGUGUGUUACGUUUGUGUUUUUGUUGUGUGUCACCUUUUUGUCUGAGUUGUGUGUCACCUUUGUGUUGUAUCACUUAUGUGUUUUUUUUUUGUGUGUGUGUGUGUGUGUGUGUGUGUGUGUGUGUCACUUUUGUGUUUUUGCUGGCUGUCACCUUUGUGUUUGUUUUGUGUCACCUUUGUGUUGUUUGCUUUGUAUUUUUGCUGUAUGCCCAAUGUUUUUUUUUUUUUUUUCUGUUUCAGGAAGAUCUAGAGCUCCCGUUUACUGAUGAGGUUUUCUGGAGAAGACUAGCUCACCCAAACUUUCAACAUCACUACAACGUGGAGAGGAGGGUGGUCAAAAUGGGAAAAACUGUCUGUAUAUCCUCAAGCUUAAAUGUUUUAACUAAAAGGGGAAAAAUAUAAUCAUAACAAUAAAUGUGUCACAUGGUUGCUAUUUCAGGACAGGAAGUUGUUCUCAACGUAUGUGGUGGCUUCAGGACUCCAAUACGGGAUGGGAGAGCAGAUCUUCCACUUUUUUUUCAAGGUGAGAACUAAAAACUGCCCAAUAAAGCUACAUUUUAUUUACCACACUCAGAUAAUUAAAUCAAAAAUCUAAGAGCUUGAUUUACUAGGACUUCACAUAAAUUGUCUGUACACUCAUAAUUCAUGUUUCGUUGGAGUGUGUGUUUUGAGGUGAUCAACGAAGAAGAAUAAGGUGUGAAUGAGGUCAGGUGUGAAGACUGUAAAGGUGGUGGUAUUUGAAGUCUUUGUGUGUUAAACACGUUUGUGCCGUGAAGAGUUUGGACAGAAAGCAGACUGAUGUAGGUGCAGGAUGAAAUUCAGCUUCAUUAGAGGUCCCAGUGAAAAAGGGAAAAGGAAAAAGAAGUCUGAGCUGAAACAAAGACAUCUGAAUUUCACAGACAGGCCCCUGGUUUUGAUUCAGUUUGAGUCUGUUGAUAAAUGCAUACAGUACAUCUCUGUCACAUUCUCUCAUGAUGGAUCUUAUAUCUCUAAUUAAGCUAAAUGAAAGGUAUUUGUGUUAUAUCAGAUCAUUUCCAGACUCAAUGGUGUCAUGAGUUUGAAGUUGUUGUUGGAUGGAUGAAUAUCAUCAACGCUGCAAAUGAUAUAAAAAAAGUGAAGUUUUUGUGUAACUAAGAGAUAAUAUAACAAUUACCAGAUGUCCUGGCUGGGACAGAAACAAAGGAUCCCUGUAUUUGGAGAAGGAAAUAACAUCAUGCCCACGAUUCAUGUUAAUGACCUGGCAAGGUGAGACACACAAACACACACACUCACACGUAAUUUAAUGAUUAUACUUAUAAGUGUUAUAGAGUCGGUGUGUAAAUGUUUAAACUGCACAGUCUUAAAGUUAUGACAAAUCAAAGAAACAGUAGAUCCAACAUUAUAAUCCUGCAGUCAGAAAUCAGAAAUGUGUGAUCUGUAACCUUACAUUGAUAAUUCCAUCAAUUUGAUUUUGAUCAUUUGAUCCGUAUUGACUGUACUGGUCAUGAUAGUUUGAAUUUUUGCAGUUUUGAAACUGUGAUAUUUUUACUUUUAAAGUGUCAUUCAGAACGUGAUUGAACAUCAGCCAAAGCUGUAUUACCUGCUCGCUGUGGAUCAGUCCAACAACACCAUGGAGGAGAUUGUGACAGUGAGUUCAGGAAUACAAAUAUGUCUACAGUGUAUUUUAUUAAGUCUUGCAUCAAAGUCCUCAGACUGACUGAGUAAUAAUACAGUAUGGUCAUUGUUUUUCCCUAACAGAGACAUGUUGAUGGUGUAGUUGUCUGCAUUGUUUCCUGUACAACAGCUUAGUUUGAUUUGCACACAAAAUGGUGAUUGUGAUUGUGAUUUCUCCUCAAUCAGGCGGUCGCCUCUGCUCUUGGACCUGGAAAGAUCCAGAAGAAACCUUUUGAAGAAGCUCUCCUCACACAGGACCUGAGUGUAUGUCUCACGUAAAUAGUUCGAUGAAUUUCAGAGCAAACACUCAUAACAAUUUAGCUUCAGUGUUAAAAAAAAAAAAAAAAGACUGAAGUUUAGCAAAUUUCUUCUCUAAGUUUCAGAGAACCUUCAGAAACGUUUGUUCUCACAUUAGAGCACAUUAGAGCUAAGGGUUUCAGUGUCAUUCAUCAGGAUGUUGUUAGCUCAGCACAGUGACAUGCAGCAAUAAUUUUAACCUGCUCAUUUUAAAACAGUUUUUUUUUAUUUAUUAUUAUUAUUUUUUUUGUUAAUCUCCAAACAACACCCUUCAGUGUCCUCCAUAACAAAUAGGGAAAAUAAACACAGUUUACAAAGAGACUGCAUGUCUCUGUGUGCUUCAACUACUACUGUUUAUGUCUGUUUUACACUUUUGGGUCAUGUGCCUCAUUUCUUAAAGCCAAACCAGAUACAAGGACUUUGAAUAAGCCAAGACUACGAUACCGUCUUUAUACAGUAUCAAGUUUCACUUUAAUCAGAUAUUACAGUACCUUCAUGUGCCAUCAAAUCAACUGUCCAACUCAAAGAGAGCUACAGCCAUAUAGGAGCACUGACAGCUGUGAUUUGAAAUGACAGCUUUAAUGGAUGUAGGCUGGCAGUGUUAAAGACAGAGGAGAGAGAGGAAACAGCUGAUUCAGUUUUUUUUCUACCUAAAGCAGUGAAUAAAACUGUAAUGAAUAAGGUUUAUAUGAAUAUUCUUUCCUUAUUUCAGGUGAUGGAGCUUGACUCCCUGCAGGUGAACCUCCGGAUGGAGGCGGUCCACAUUCAGGAGCUCUUCUCUGUGAACUGGUGCUGUGCGUCUGGGCUGGUGAAGAACAUGGAGCAGGUGGUCGAGGAGUUCAGACAGACCAGAGGGAUUUUGGUAGGAAACAAAGAUGAAACAGACAUCACUAAUGAACACUUUGAACCCUGAAAUAUUAGUAAUAUAAUAUAAGUGGUGGAGGAUGAUCAUAGCAGUAACCAGAGUUAAAACUGUCAGUCCAUUUACAUGCAGAGUUAAGAGGAGCUGCGUUAAAGCUCAGUUUGAGGAUUUGAUUAGACUGAUGUUCUCAUCCUACUCUACAAGUUUUGUGCAAAAAUCACAUUUUUGACAGAAGCGUGUCUGCCUCCACUACAGUAGGUGGCCACAUGCCAUAACAUGUUAUUCACCAAAACAAUCCACCAAACGCAUUAGCAAGCAGCUGAUAGGAUAUAAACAUGGUCACUUUUACAGCUCUGAACUGUCUGUACAUCCAUUACGAGACUUUCAACUCUUUUUUUUCAUUCUGUCUUCAUCUAUCCAGGUUCUGUUUACUUCCUGACCUCCUAGUACCACAUUUAUGCUGUUCAGCCUUUGGGCCACAGCCCGGCCUGUGAACUCUUGAGUAUGUGCAGAAUGCCAAGGCCAGUGUCAGUCUAAUAGAAGUGUAUACCCAAAAGAGAAAGUCCAACUAUGUGCUAUUUGACUCUGUGCUGAUUUCCGUCAGACUCAUGUGUUUAUGUGGAUAUUUAAAGUCCAAUUCCAUGCAAAGAAAAACUAUUUUUUUCAGCAACAUGUAAACAUACUUUUAUUGUUUACAUUUAACUCUGGAUGUCAAACUUAUCUCAUUAAUGCGAGGGACUUACCGGAGGACGUCUCUCACUUUCUCUUGUCAAUCACUUUCAGCAAAGCGUAUGUCCAUCACUACACGCUAUUUAUGCAAUAAGAGGGAGGGAGUUGCUCAUGGCCUCAGAGAAAAAAGAGAAAUACUGAUUUAUCACCAUUUCAUAGAUACAAUGCUGCUGUGUUCUCAUGUGGACAUCAAUACAAUGACAGAAGUCCAAGUUGUUUCAAAUUUUAAACUGUGUAUGUUUUCUGUGUGUGUGUGUGUGUGUGUGUGUGUGUGUGUGUGUGUGUGUGUGUGUGUGUGUGUGUGUGUGUGUGUGUGUUUGUGUCCGUCAGCCCCUGCGUGUGUGUGUCUUAGGUCCUCCUGCGGUGGGGAAGAGCUCAGUGUGCAAACAGAUCUGUGAACACUACAAACUUCCACACAUCAGGCUGAAGGAGACCGUCUCUGAAACCACUGCACAACCGGUGACCUCCCAGAAACACAAACACACACACACACACACACACACACACACACACACACACACACACAUCAGUAAGAGGAGAAGAAAUGUUACAAUAUUUUUACAUAUGGGUUUUUUUUAAUAUGAAAAAUACAUGAUUUCACAUUAGAUGAGGUUCGACGGUAAAAGUAAAUCAUGUCCUCAUUAGAUGGAUAUCAACUUACCAAAAAGCAGCAGUUUGUUAACACACUCGAUCAGCUGCUUUUUUAAGGAAGCUUAAAUUAUUUUUAUUGUUAAUGUUCAUGUUGAAGCUGUUUUAUGGGAGCUUCAUAUACUGAGAGCCUUUGCAUUCAGCUCCUGCAAAAAUCAGGUACAAAGUAGAUAAGGUGGUUAAAGUAAGCAGCAAGAUAACUGGGUAACAAAUGUGCACUGCUUUUCUCACAAAGAAGGACUACACAUUGAAUUUAAUUCACUGAAGUACAGCAGAUCCUCAGCACUCCCUCUGGUCUGCAGACUCAGGUUUAACCCCAAUGUGCAGAUACAAAUUGUGCAUGGUGAGGACUAAAAACAGUCUUAAUCCAAACAGCAUUCAGCUGCUGAACAAAACUUGAUUUUUAAACUUAUUUAUUGUCACAUUGUUCAGGUUUGAACAGCUUCAAGAAAACACACCAAUCAAAAAUACUGUCAUGCACACUGGGUCCAAAGGGUUAAUGUUAUUUGUGUUUGUGUUUUUUUUUUUUUUUUUUUUUUUUUAAAUACCUUUUGCAGGAAUAUGCAGUGGGGAACUCUGAUCCUGAAGCAGAGGAUGAAGACACUGCAAGUAAACUGCUGUACAGUCUGGAGGACAGUAUGGAGCAAAACGGAGGUGCACACUGUGACCAGCAGGGUUUACCCACCAAUAAGGACUGAAGAAACAGCAUACAGCAUGCUCACUGAUUCAAUUGUUUUUCUGACCUUUCCAGAACAGACCACCUGACCCAAACAAAAACUGAGCUGUACCACGUUUUCUUAAAAAAAACAAAAAAAAAAAACAACAAAAGACUACAAACUUUAAAUGACUUCAUAGGAUAGGAGGAUGCGCUAGGCUGUAUAUGAUUUGUUGGGAAGGGGCCGUGUUUUAUAACUCAUUAUUUUCAGUAAAUAAUUACAAGGUAGGCCAUUGCUGACGAGUUUAUGUCUUGGCAACAAAAGAAGAGACUUCUAGAGAGCCAGCCAAUACCUUGUCUGACAGAAAUUCUGAAGCCUAAAAGACACCUGUCUGGCAUUCUUUAGACAGAAAAGAAUGGAUCAUUGCGGUUCUGAAACUUAUCUCAUAAAUAUCAAGGUUAAGACGCAGUUUCUUUUCCUAACUUUAAAAAAAAAAAAAAAAGUAUUUUUUGUUUUGUUUUGUCUUGUUUUAUAUUCACAACAUGAACAAAAAUCUGCCAGACAAGACUCCAUAAAGACAUGUUACAUUACUUGAUGCAUACUUUGAGGUGUUAUAGGUCAGGAUAUCUUUGACCUGCUGUUUUAGUUUUCAUUGUGUUUGUACCUCUCCGUCUUUCCAGAGAUGCCCACUUCAUUCAGUCUGACACUGAAUCCCUGUGGUGCCCUUUUCAGAGUUUUUCUGACAUGUUCUUAUCUCUCUUUUAGGUCUGGGGGAGGAUCAUCAGUUGGUGAAGAUGCUGAAACAUAAACUAACAUCAAACCCAUGUAAAAACCAGGGAUUCGUCCUGGACGGGUUUCCAACAACAAUUGAACAAGCCAAAGAGCUAUUUUCAGGUGAGACACACACUCAUGUUCUAAGUCACUACUACAUGAAUACAAUCACAUAAAUGUGGAUUUUUUGUGUUUUUCUCAGAUGAAGAUCAUGGAUCAGAUGCUGAAACAUCCCUGAGUUCUUCACACGGCAAGAUUACCCCAGGUGUCUGCAGAGCACUAUCAAUAUAGUUUUACCAUAUAACAAGACAGCAUUACAUGUUUCCUGUCAGUAGUUACCUUGUUAAUACAUUUUAUUUAUUUACAGAAGGAACUUUAUUUAAAAGGUCCUGUUUUAUAAUAUUCAUGAUGUCUCGUCAUGUGUGCUCCAGAAUUUGUCUUGGUCCUGGAUGCCUCAGACUCCUUUCUGCAGGAUCGGGUGAUGAAUCUGCCUGAGCGGCUUGUUCGGGAGCAAAACUACGAGCAGAAUCACUUCCUGCAGCAACUGAACCAAUACAGAGAGGGCAACAUGGCGGAGGAAACUGUCAUCAACUUCUUUGAUGAGCUGGAUGUCUCUCUCCUGUACCUGGGUAAAGUACAACUCCAAAUGUUGACACUGAAAAUGGUUCUUUGUUAUAAAAAAUCAUUGUAGAUUUGAUGCCAAAAACACAUUUCUAAAAAGUUCCAGGUUCAUAUUUCUCAUCGUGUGUCCUCAGCUCUUCUUUCUCCAACUCUCUGUAGACCUGUAGACUGGCUUGAGAAAUCCCAACUAUACUUGAACAUAUCCAAGACUGUUUGUAUGUACUUCUCAAAAAGAGCAAACACUGAGAGUGAUCCCGACAUUUUUAUACAAGGUAAAACAAUUGAGGUCGUACAAGAGUUUAAAUACUUAGGAAUCGCUCUUGACUCACAACUUCUUUUUAAACGACAAAUAAAAAUCACUGUAAAUAGAAUUAAGUUUAACUUGUCCAACUUUAGGUUUAUUAGAAACAAUCUAACUCUUGAGUCAGCAAAAUUGUACUUUGAUACUAUGAUCAUGUCACACAUGUCCUAUUGCGUAAGAAGUUGGGCAUCAGCCUGUAAAACGGCAUUAAAGCUGAUUGAAACAGUCUAUAAACAACCCCUGAAAGUAUUGGAUAAAAAACCAAAAACAUACCAUCACUGUCAUAUAUUAAAAAAACAUGAGGGCCUAAGCUGGGACAAAACUGCUAAACACACCGACGCUAUCUUGAUUUACAAAAUCUUCCAUGGCAAAGCACCCCCUCCAUUCCAAGAAUUUGUGAAAAAAAACUCAAACAGGUCAACAAGAGCUGGUUCGAGAGGUGACCGUGUAGUUCCUUUUAGAAAGAGUGCCUUUAGUCAAGCCACUUUUUCUGUUCCUGCUUCUCACACCUGGAAUUCAAUACCAAACACAAUGGGCUCUAUUUUCGUGCCUCGCCGGAGACGUGCCGCAGGUCAGGUCCGCCGCACCGACAAGGCGUUCCCAAGCACAUUUUGGUAUUAUGGUGAGCGGCGCAGCCCGGCGUAAGUAUUCCCCCUCCCUAACUCAGCUCCUCCUAGUGGCGUAAGUCGUAGCGAGGGAGGACAGAGGGCGUGGAGUAGGUUUAACACAGCCGAGACCUGUUUUCACCAAUCACAUAAGUUCCUCUCCUUGCCUUUAAAUCCGCCACCGGCGAGGCGUAUUACUAUUUUCGUGAAGUAGUCAAAGAGAUCAAGAGAUGUCUGAAGACAGUAAUGCCACACGAUGGCGACAGAAGGCAGCUCCUCAACAAGUGUCACUGUAAGCGCUGAAUUUGGCGUCCUCCACACUCUCUCAUAUGAGCACAGACGGAUUUGGUGUGUGUAAUGUUGGACCCACUGGUAAGACAAACACCCUUUUCCACAAAUAAAGACACUCACAUAAAGUUGCAUAUAUUCAAACCUCAAAUGACAAAGGUGGGUUGUGUGCACAGAUCACAACAUAAACUCCAAAAAAGGCAUUAAAAUCGGAACCAUCUGUGCGUAAAUGACGCAUCGCGCUCCGUGGCCUGGCUCUUUCUUUCAUAGAUGUUGGCAUAUAAAAUAAAUUUGGCCCACAAAACUGAGCAUUAUAAUAUUCGUAUGUAGGCUUAAAGUAAAUAACGCAUCUGAAAAGAAAAGGAGGGAGACGAAUUACAUAUCUUGUUAACUUCAUGUGUGUUUAUUUACUGGAUAUUUAAUUUAAUUUAAUGCGGUUUCAGCUGUGUUGAUUCGGUCAGGUUUAGUGUCCAAACGCGUGCCAAACGCGCUCAUCAGAUCAGAUAUAGAUCAGAAUAUGUCUAUAUAGAUCUAAAUGUAUGUGCUGACUCAGAUUAUUAGUUGUUGAUGAUUAUUUAUUGCACUGAAAUGUGCCUGACACUGUAGAAACCUGCCGGUGAGGCAUCGGUGACGUAUGCCAAUACGCCGCCAGUCUACCAAAAUACUACUAGACCAGCUGCGUUCCGCCUGCGCUGAAAGCUGACCACUUUACACGCCACUGGCGAGCACGAAAAUGUCACUGCGCCCACUGAUUCUGUGAACCUCUGUGCGCCUCAGUCCACGAAAAUACUGAACUGGCUGUACGCCGGGCUCCGCCAGACGAAAAUACAACUGCGCGGGGUCCGCCACCCUCCGUCGCCUCACCGGCGUACACGAAAAUAGAGCCCAAUACGUGAACUCCCGACUCUGACCUCUUUUACCAAACAUCUUAAAGCUUGGCUAUAAGGGAAAUACAUACGGUCCCCUGACCCUUGGCCUGUAUGUUUCAUGAUCCACUAUACUUUUUAUUGUUCUUGCUUUUAUUUUUCAUUUUCUGUCCUAUUGUGUUUUCGAAGAGACACGUUUUCCCUCUCUGUAAUUAUUCCCCCUGCUCAUACUGGCCAUGAAGGCUAACUGUUCUACUUAUUGUUACUGUAGUUUUAUUGAUUUCAUUAUCUUAUGUCGUUGACAUCAACCUGCUGAAGGGACUAAAGAUGGAAAUUAGCAUAUUUACAUGUAUAUGUUCAUUAAUAUGUAUUGUCCCUGGUUUAAAUAAAUAAACUCAAACUCAAACCUUAGUGAAGCCAGCAGACCGGGUUUUGGAGUCUGACUAUCAAAUGUUGUCUCUCUCUUGACUGAUAGAGGAUUUCAACUGCUCAACAGUUCAGGGUCUCCUUUGUCCUAUUUUUCAUUUGUAGAUGCAGUGAUGCACUGUGUUGGUUUUUGGAGUGAUCUAGAGUCCAUGCAGUGAUUUCCUCUCCAGAGUCCUGUCUGUUUUUAAAGCAGAGCUGCCUGAGGGCCUGAAGAUCAGGACCAUCCAGUCUUGGUUUUGCCCCUUGUCCCUUUAGUACAGAGAUUUCUCCAGAGUCUCUGAAUCUUGGAAUGAUACAAUGUUCUGUAGAUAAUGAAAUCCACUCAUUCUUUCACAUUUGACACUCAGGAACAUUAAAAAAACUGUUCAACUAUCAGCUCACACAGUCUCUCACAGACUCAGUUCACACAGUCUCUCACAGAGUGGUGAACCUCUUCCAUCUUUCCUCCUAACAGACUCACUCUCUCUGAAUGUCCUUUUUAUACCCAGUCAUGUUACUAACCUGUUGGAAAUUAAGCUAACCAUUAGUUGGAGAUGUCCCUCCAGCAUUUACAUAUAUAUAUAUAUAUAUAUAUAUAUAUAUCUCAGUGGCGGGCCGUGCAUUUCACACCUAGGCCUUCAGUAGUGCUCUGUCUGAAUCAAUCCAACCCUCAAUAACUAUUUUAUGGCUAUAAAACUUCUACUGCAGAUACAGCUGCGACACACAUAAAAAAGCAUCAAAAAUAACCUGAUAAAAUUGCAACAUUUUACUCACCAAAAAUCCUGAUUAUUUGUACACAAAAUCCAUCCUCCUUUCUGUCCUCAAGAAGAUUUCAAUUACUUUGUUGUGCAGAUUAUCCGUGCGUUUCAGUUCCAUCAAGAAGUCCUUUUCUAUCGCCAUCGAAGCUAAUGCUGAAAGUCGAGCCUGCCCUGUCGUAUUUCUGGCAUAGGUUUUAAUUCAUUUUAGGGCUGAGAAUGUCCGUUCAACAGAAGCAGUGGACACGGGGAUGGUCACCGCCAAACACACAAAUGUGUACAGCUGCCCCAUGCUCUCAUUCAGAUUUUUCUGCUGAAGGAAGUCAAGGAGAUCAGUGGGAGAUUUUCCUGCAAAAUCAUCCAUGGCAUACAUUACGGUCAGUUCUGUUCUUAGCCGAGGCAGAUCGAAAAGUGUUCCGUGGCUCUGUGCUAAGCUGGAAAAGGCUGUGUGCGGGAAUUUUUUCUGGUAUUCCCGAAACUUCUGGGGGUCGAGGAGGGUGACAAAGAUCAGUUUUUCGUGGUCUUGAAAUCUGGUCUGUGUCUGACAAAUAAUAUUGUCCAGAAUCCUGCCGUGGAGUUGGCGGUAGUGCGCGCGAGGAUCUUGCGCUUGACCUCUUCGUGCGCUCGGAGCGCCCGCGGUGCGUUCAGUGGCCUAGUAGAUUUCCUCGUAUCGGCUCCUCUCUCGCUCAACGGUGUCACAAAACUCCUUUACCCUUGCCAGACAAAACUGUACAUCCAGUUUUUUGUCCUGUAGUAUUGAAAACAGCACAUCUGAGUACUCAAAAAUGCCAUUAAAUGUGUGAAGCAAAAAACAAAACUCAAAAUCAUCCAGACGUGCUUUAAAUCCAUCAGCACAGCGCACAGAGUCCUCAUCAUACUCGUCAUGAUGCUCCAGAAUGUGAUGAAACAGUUCCUUUAGAGCAUUUCUCUUCUCAAAGACUGUAUUGACCACUCUGGAUGUGUACUGCCACCGUGUUGGUGCCACACGAGGGAGACGCCGCUGGCAGAUUUCGUCCAGUAGUUGCGUGCGCGGAGGCGAUCUAGAAAAAAAUGCAGCAAGGCCAUUGAGGUGGGCGAAAAAGAUCUUGCAUUCUUUAAGCUUUGAGGCCCCUUGAGUCAAUACUAAAUUGAGCCGAUGUGCAUAGCAGUGUAUGAAUAAAGCCAAAGGUGCUCUCUCCUUGACUUUAGCCUGCACCCCAUUUAAUCCAGAAGACAUGACCGCUGCGCCGUCAAAACACUGUGCCACAACUUUACCCAGACAUUCAUUUUCCACCAAAAAUCGGAUGAUAAGACCUGCAAUGUCAUCGGCUCGCUUCCCACUGGUAACAUCUUCAAAUCUGACAAACCACUCCUUGACACCUGUGUCCGUUACAUAACGCAGAACCAGUGCGAGCUGCGCUGCGUUACUCGCGUCUGUCGUCUCAUCCACCAUAACAGAGACAAACGGUGCUUUAUUAACUUCCCUUCUGAUCUCUUCCCCCAUCACUUCAGCAAUAGCAGUGAUCAGGUCGUUUUGUAUUUUGCCCGACGUCCCACUAAACACUUUAUUAGUGGUCAGGUGGUAAUGUAAAUCCGUGUUGCUCUCAGCAAUGAGAGAAAGAAGCUCCACAUAGUUUCCUCUGUUUUUGGAUCCAGCGCUUUCAUCGUGCCCCCGAAAUGAAAGUUCCUGCUUGCCCAAAAAAAUGACACAGUCUAUCAGUCUUUUUAAGAUUUCCCUAUUUUUCUUCACCUUUUCGUUGUGGAGCUCCGUUUCCCUGCGCACUUGCUCGCUCAGCUGUAGAUCCACUCUGGUUUCCCCAAAGGUUUUGGAAAGCACCGUUGCUUGUAAGUGUCCAGCAGUGCUUUGAUGCCUCGUUGCUGCCUUGGUUAGGCAAGUCAAAUUAACAAAUCCAGUGUGGCUCCAAACACCAUGUCGAUCAGUGGCAAAUAACAAGCAAUCCCAGCAAUACAAUUUGCAACGUUCCUCGGAGCCUGUGAGCCAGGAGUACCGCUCGUAGUUAGUGGACUGAAAGUGACGGACAAACCCUUUUCCCGGUUGUGACAGGCUUGCUAGCUUCGGAGUUGCCCGACCUUGCUUAACGAUGUCCAGCUUUUCUUGAAAAGUCCGUCUUGAAAAUGGCUUUGACAGUAAAUCUGCAACCAAAUCCAUUUCUUCUCCUCCUUCAGCCAUUGUGGGUUGACAAAACAGCUAUUAACUCAACACAAAUAUCUUCGCUCGUGCAGCUGGCUACCGAUGCAGUUUGCUAGCUCUGGCUAGUACACGCUCUGACUAUCCAAUCAAAGGGUGUGAAUACGCUGACGUUUCCGUAUGCCUGCUAGAGGGCCUUGGUGUCGCAAACUCAAAAUCUGAUUGGUUGAAGCAACAGUUUGAUCGACAUUUAUUUUAUGCUACAGGGCCCGCAGAACUGAUUGUGAAGGCCUCCAGACAGAUUUCUUUGACCCUGGCAACAAAUACUGGCUGAAAUGUGAUUGGUCAAAUGCUUAAAUAUGAAAAUACACGUCUGGAAGCAGCGCAACCAGGGGGUAGCAAUGAAAGGGAGCGGACAGACCAUUUGGAAUUAUUUAAUACAUAUUCAUGAACAAAAUAUAAUUAACAUCAGUCUGUGAUUCAGAUAUUUUUAGGCCAGCAGAGAAGGCCUUGCAGGCCCUGACGGCCCACCACUGAUAUAUAUAUAUAUAUACACAUAUGUAUACAUAUAUAUAUAUAUAUAUAUAUAUAUAUAUAGUAUAUAUAUUUUUUUUUUUAAGCGUUAAACAGCUUUCUACCUUUUUGGUUGUUCCUCUAUAAGAACUUUUUAGAAAUGUGAUACUAACACUGAGCUUAAAAUCCUUUUUUCUUCAAACAAUGGCAUGUUUAGUCUUAUAUUUGAUAUGUUACCUAUGUUACCUUUAUUGAAUCCAAUAAAGGGUUAAAAUGUCUGUCAACAUUUUACAAUUUCCCAAAUCUUAGGAUUGUAAACCUUGUGCACGCACUGUCUUAUAGCAAAUCUAAAAUGCAUUCAGGUAGUUUUCCCUUCAUCAAACUUUUACCUCUUUUUCUUCCUCUUCAGACGUCACCAGCAGCAGUGAACCUGACAGUCUGCAGCUGAUAGAGAAGAUCUUUGAUACGCUUGGACCACCCAGGAACUACGGUCGCACCAUCCAGGAGGUGGAAGAGGAGGAGAGGAGGGAUGCUGAGGAGAGGAUGAGGAGGGAGGAUCAGGAGAGAGCUGAGGAGGAGAGGAGGGAGGAGGAGGAGGCCAGACAAAGAAAUGCACGCUGGGAAGAGUGGGUAUGUACUGAGAGGGAGGUCAUUAUGAGAUGAGACAGACAAAAAGACAGCAGAAAAAGCAUUUACAAAGUUGGCCCCUUUCUUUUAAAGCUAUUGGUCUCUUUCUCAGUGUGUAGUUAUCUCUGAGAAGUCUGCUAGAAUCUGCAACAGUCAAGGGAGAAGAAGAAACAUUGUCUAUUCAUAGACAUAUAGAAAAUUAAAGAAGCAGUAAAUUGACAACUUUUGGCCACAUAAACUAGAAGUACAAAAACUCUUCCGACACCCGCAGGUCUUCAGAUCAGCUGAAAACCAGCAAAAAUAAGGAGAUAGUGUCUGCUCUAAUCUUACCUCCCAACGUGAACAUUCACUAUCAGCCUCUUUAAGCGCCAGAGCUCCUACGAAAUCAAAUAUUCAAAACAACUAAAGAUUCAAGACAAUUCAGGAAAACAGCUGCCUAAGUAACUCUGACUUUAUUUAAACUCAGGUGGUACCAGAUUGAACAGGCAGAGGUGGAAAAACACCAAAACAAACAUGGGGAGUGCCCCGGAAAGCCCACGCCAGAAUUAAACCAAGUGUCUCUGUAAUAUAUACCUGCAAACAUGAUCAAAGUUUGGUGAUACCUGCUGAUGGCACAUCUGCUGUUUUUCACCUUGUACCGGGUGUUUCAGACUAAACGUUUGGAGGAGUCAAGGCAGCAGGAGGAAGAGCUGCUAGAGCUCGAGUCAGUCUCGAUGAGGACUUACCUGAUGGAACAAGUGAUCCCAACUCUGAACCAAGGCCUGUUGGAGUGCUGCACCACCCAACCUCAUGACCCUGUGGACUUCCUGGUACUCCACUGAACACACGUUAUCACUUGCCUCUUUACAUCUGAUCUCACUUGAGUCUGAUUCUGAUCACCUUCUUCAUUUUGUCUCAUUACAGGCUGAGUUCCUCCUAAAAAACAACCCAUCUAACUCCUGAGCGAGUCAUUGUUGAGUGUAUUAGAGACAUUUUUCACGUUUCAUCUUAAUUAAACACCCCCUCCUGGACUAUUCAGACCUGUCAUGUGUUUCUCUGUCCCUCUGUUCAUGCUGGCAUGUUGAUUAGGUCUGAUUUGUCUCCGUCCCCUGUUGGAUUUUGUCCUUUUUUCUCUCAGCUCAGUUUGGGCUCUCCUGUGCCGGCUGUUACUUAAAAUCACCCUGAAACAGCGAUGAAAGUGAGCAUGAAGCCAGAAGCUCAUUAGGAAGUUAAUUUGCGUAAUGAACUCUGUAAAGUGAAAGUAGACACACUCGGGUCAUAAUAACUGUGAUUUGGCUGUAAAUAUGAGGAGGAACAAACGUUACUAACAGCAGCUCGUUUGAGCCUCUCUCAUGUGGACGCUCGUGACUCCAAAGUGAACAUGAUUGGUUUGACUAUACAGCAAAUUAUUUCAAUGAACACCCUGAAUCACCACACGGGGAAAUUUGUUUGGUUUAUUUGGGAAAUAUUGUGAUGGGAGCUGAAAGAUAAUUUGACUGAACCAUCUGUGAGUCCAGGUACAAACUCAGAGCACAGCUAUCCUCUCAGUGACACAGAAGGACAGGAAAGGCAGAAGUAUGAAGUCCUCACAGCCUCUGAACUCAAACAUGUUCUGAUGAAGUCUGAAUAUGGAGCAACAUCUUCUUCGUGUUAAACUUGAUUCUUUGCUCAAAUGUAAAAUCUAUCUACUCAGUUUUACCAAAUUCAUCACGUACGUUAAGGAUGACAUAACAUGGCCUUGACACCUGUGUCCGUUACAUAACGCAGAACCAGUGCGAGCUGCGCUGCGUUACUCGCGUCUGUCGUCUCAUCCACCAUAACAGAGACAAACGGUGCUUUAUUAACUUCCCUUCUGAUCUCUUCCCCCAUCACUUCAGCAAUAGCAGUGAUCAGGUCGUUUUGUAUUUUGCCCGACGUCCCACUAAACACUUUAUUAGUGGUCAGGUGGUAAUGUAAAUCCGUGUUGCUCUCAGCAAUGAGAGAAAGAAGCUCCACAUAGUUUCCUCUGUUUUUGGAUCCAGCGCUUUCAUCGUGCCCCCGAAAUGAAAGUUCCUGCUUGCCCAAAAAAAUGACACAGUCUAUCAGUCUUUUUAAGAUUUCCCUAUUUUUCUUCACCUUUUCGUUGUGGAGCUCCGUUUCCCUGCGCACUUGCUCGCUCAGCUGUAGAUCCACUCUGGUUUCCCCAAAGGUUUUGGAAAGCACCGUUGCUUGUAAGUGUCCAGCAGUGCUUUGAUGCCUCGUUGCUGCCUUGGUUAGGCAAGUCAAAUUAACAAAUCCAGUGUGGCUCCAAACACCAUGUCGAUCAGUGGCAAAUAACAAGCAAUCCCAGCAAUACAAUUUGCAACGUUCCUCGGAGCCUGUGAGCCAGGAGUACCGCUCGUAGUUAGUGGACUGAAAGUGACGGACAAACCCUUUUCCCGGUUGUGACAGGCUUGCUAGCUUCGGAGUUGCCCGACCUUGCUUAACGAUGUCCAGCUUUUCUUGAAAAGUCCGUCUUGAAAAUGGCUUUGACAGUAAAUCUGCAACCAAAUCCAUUUCUUCUCCUCCUUCAGCCAUUGUGGGUUGACAAAACAGCUAUUAACUCAACACAAAUAUCUUCGCUCGUGCAGCUGGCUACCGAUGCAGUUUGCUAGCUCUGGCUAGUACACGCUCUGACUAUCCAAUCAAAGGGUGUGAAUACGCUGACGUUUCCGUAUGCCUGCUAGAGGGCCUUGGUGUCGCAAACUCAAAAUCUGAUUGGUUGAAGCAACAGUUUGAUCGACAUUUAUUUUAUGCUACAGGGCCCGCAGAACUGAUUGUGAAGGCCUCCAGACAGAUUUCUUUGACCCUGGCAACAAAUACUGGCUGAAAUGUGAUUGGUCAAAUGCUUAAAUAUGAAAAUACACGUCUGGAAGCAGCGCAACCAGGGGGGUAGCAAUGAAAGGGAGCGGACAGACCAUUUGGAAUUAUUUAAUACAUAUUCAUGAACAAAAUAUAAUUAACAUCAGUCUGUGAUUCAGAUAUUUUUAGGCCAGCAGAGAAGGCCUUGCAGGCCCUGACGGCCCACCACUGAUAUAUAUAUAUAUAUACACAUAUGUAUACAUAUAUAUAUAUAUAUAUAUAUAUAUAUACAGUAUAUAUAUUUUUUUUAAGCGUUAAACAGCUUUCUACCUUUUUGGUUGUUCCUCUAUAAGAACUUUUUAGAAAUGUGAUACUAACACUGAGCUUAAAAUCCUUUUUUCUUCAAACAAUGGCAUGUUUAGUCUUAUAUUUGAUAUGUUACCUAUGUUACCUUUAUUGAAUCCAAUAAAGGGUUAAAAUGUCUGUCAACAUUUUACAAUUUCCCAAAUCUUAGGAUUGUAAACCUUGUGCACGCACUGUCUUAUAGCAAAUCUAAAAUGCAUUCAGGUAGUUUUCCCUUCAUCAAACUUUUACCUCUUUUUCUUCCUCUUCAGACGUCACCAGCAGCAGUGAACCUGACAGUCUGCAGCUGAUAGAGAAGAUCUUUGAUACGCUUGGACCACCCAGGAACUACGGUCGCACCAUCCAGGAGGUGGAAGAGGAGGAGAGGAGGGAUGCUGAGGAGAGGAUGAGGAGGGAGGAUCAGGAGAGAGCUGAGGAGGAGAGGAGGGAGGAGGAGGAGGCCAGACAAAGAAAUGCACGCUGGGAAGAGUGGGUAUGUACUGAGAGGGAGGUCAUUAUGAGAUGAGACAGACAAAAAGACAGCAGAAAAAGCAUUUACAAAGUUGGCCCCUUUCUUUUAAAGCUAUUGGUCUCUUUCUCAGUGUGUAGUUAUCUCUGAGAAGUCUGCUAGAAUCUGCAACAGUCAAGGGAGAAGAAGAAACAUUGUCUAUUCAUAGACAUAUAGAAAAUUAAAGAAGCAGUAAAUUGACAACUUUUGGCCACAUAAACUAGAAGUACAAAAACUCUUCCGACACCCGCAGGUCUUCAGAUCAGCUGAAAACCAGCAAAAAUAAGGAGAUAGUGUCUGCUCUAAUCUUACCUCCCAACGUGAACAUUCACUAUCAGCCUCUUUAAGCGCCAGAGCUCCUACGAAAUCAAAUAUUCAAAACAACUAAAGAUUCAAGACAAUUCAGGAAAACAGCUGCCUAAGUAACUCUGACUUUAUUUAAACUCAGGUGGUACCAGAUUGAACAGGCAGAGGUGGAAAAACACCAAAACAAACAUGGGGAGUGCCCCGGAAAGCCCACGCCAGAAUUAAACCAAGUGUCUCUGUAAUAUAUACCUGCAAACAUGAUCAAAGUUUGGUGAUACCUGCUGAUGGCACAUCUGCUGUUUUUCACCUUGUACCGGGUGUUUCAGACUAAACGUUUGGAGGAGUCAAGGCAGCAGGAGGAAGAGCUGCUAGAGCUCGAGUCAGUCUCGAUGAGGACUUACCUGAUGGAACAAGUGAUCCCAACUCUGAACCAAGGCCUGUUGGAGUGCUGCACCACCCAACCUCAUGACCCUGUGGACUUCCUGGUACUCCACUGAACACACGUUAUCACUUGCCUCUUUACAUCUGAUCUCACUUGAGUCUGAUUCUGAUCACCUUCUUCAUUUUGUCUCAUUACAGGCUGAGUUCCUCCUAAAAAACAACCCAUCUAACUCCUGAGCGAGUCAUUGUUGAGUGUAUUAGAGACAUUUUUCACGUUUCAUCUUAAUUAAACACCCCCUCCUGGACUAUUCAG